CUCUCCCAAAUCUCAGAUCAAAAAGAGGGUAAAGAAAAACUCUUUUUGGUUGGCAUAUGGCGGCAUCGUCUUCUUCGGCUACUUCCUAUAGUUCCUCGGAUUCCUUGUCCGAUUCGUCUUCCUCACGGGCCAAAAAACGCCGUCAUCGCACCCACCGACGCGAUAGAGACAGAGAUUCUCUCAAAAUCCGAAAGAAAAGCCGUUCGAUAGGUAAACGGCGUCGUAGGAAGCAUCGCCGUCACUCUUCUGAUUCUUACUCUUCGUCUGACUCUGAUUCCUCCAGGGGUGACAGUUCAUCGGAUAGUGAUCAUGAGUCCAGCCAUUCAAAGAGGCACAAGAAAAGUGACAGGCAAAAGAAGUCAAAGGAAAAAGGGCAGAGCAAGAGUCAUCGGCAUAAACGUCAAAAGUACAAACUGAAAGAGAAACAGAAAGAAGAUGGAAGUAGCGGUCCUGUGCAGCUUUCCAAGUUUCUUGGGCGUAACAAGGAUGAUGGUGCACCGCGUAGUGCUGUGUCUGGUAAAAAGAUUCUCUUGAAACUUGACAAGUCAAAGGAAGACAAAGAGGCCGAGAGUAAAAGAAACGAAUUGUUGAAGUUCCUAAAUGCUAGUUUUGAUUGACUAGGUGGAGCUGAAGUUCAACCUGUAUUAAGAAGUCUUGUCAUCUUGCUGAGGAUAAGGUAAUCAUGCUUGAAGUCACUAUGUGUCAAGUUUUCAAUCCUAAGGGAAA